GGCAAAGUACCAUAAAAUCUUAUUGACAACACACACAAUAAUCUUUCUAUCCUAGUUAACGAUUUUGAUUUACUGGAAAAAAAUAAAGUUGAUGAUGGAAGAAGCAAGGUCGAGAAAGUUAGGUGGCUCUUUGAAAGUUCCUAACGUUCAGGAGCUGGCAAAACAACAACUAUCAGGUGUUCCGCCGCGAUAUAUUCGUAAUAAUGAUGACGAAAAUCAAUUGUAUAAUUCUUCCAUAUUAUUGCCUCAUCAAUUACCUCCAGUUAUUGACAUGGAAAUAAUUAAAGAUGAUGAUGAAACAGAGCUUAACAGGUUUCAUCUUGCUUGCAAAGAAUGGGGAUUUUUCCAGUUGGUGAAUCACGGAGUGAGUUCAUCAUUGAUGGAGAAAGUGAAGUCAGAAAUCCAAGCAUUUUUCAAUCUACCAAUGGAAGAGAAGAAGAAAUUUGAGCAAGAGGAAGGAGAUAGUGAAGGAUACGGGCAAGCCUUUGUUGUAUCUGAAGAACAAAAGUUAGAUUGGGCUGACAUGCUUUACAUGAUCACUCUCCCUACUCAUUUCAGAAAACCUCACUUGUUUCCAAAGCUUCCCGCCUCACUCAGGGAUGCGUUGGAACAAUACUCAACAGCACUCAAAGAGCUUGCAAUGAAAAUUCUGUACAUGAUGGCAAGAGUUUUAGGGAUGAAAGCAGAGGAACUGAAUGUAUUAUUUGAAAAAGAUGCGACCCAAAUGAUGAGACUAAAUUAUUACCCUCCUUGUCCUCAACCAGACCGCGUAAUGGGCAUAUGCCCUCACACUGAUUCUAUUGCUUUAUUAGCCAUACUCCUUCAGGUUAAUGAAACUGAAGGUCUUCAAAUUAAGAAAGAUGGAGCUUGGAUUCCGGUUCCAUAUCGUCCUGAUGCCUUUGUUGUUAACAUUGGAGACAUUUUAGAGAUUGUGACAAAUGGAAUUUACAAGAGCAUUGAACAUCGAGCCAUCGUUAAUGAGGACAAGGAGAGGAUCUCCAUUGCUACAUUUUUUAGCCCCAAACUGGAUGGAGAUUUAGGUCCAGCAGCUAGCCUCCUCACUCUUCAAUCCCCUGCACAAUAUAGGAGGAUUGGAGUGGCCGAUUACUUUAAAGGAUAUUUUUCUCGAGAGCUCGUUGGAAAAUCAUACAUAGAUACUGUAAGGAUUGGAAAUGAAGAUGAUGAGAGCAAUUGAUCAAUGUUGCAUUUUAUUCCACUCAAAUACCAACUGCUACACGGAUAUCUGGAUGAGUUCGCUGUAAAUCAUGGUCUAUCUGCUCC